AUGACCACCACAACUGCUCCGGCUCAAGCAUAUGGCGCGCGCACAACUGAAUCUCGAAAUUACGCUAUUCUGAUUUUUGUAUUUUCAAUUUCAGCUCUCUCGAUCUCUUCGCUGUUUCCAUAUCUCUAUUUCAUGAUCAGAGACUUUAACAUCGCAAAAGAAGAAGAAGAUAUUGGUUUCUAUGCUGGUUUCGUUGCAUCUUCGUUCAUGAUCGGAAGAGCUCUGACAUCGAUUCUUUGGGGGAAAUUAGCUGAUCGAUAUGGUCGCAAACCUAUUAUCAUGAUUGGAACUUUCUCAGUGAUCAUAUUCAAUACUCUCUUUGGUCUAAGUACAAGUUUCUGGGUCGCGAUCUCCGUUCGAUUCCUUCUUGGCUGCUUUAAUUGUCUUCUCGGUGUAAUAAGGGCAUAUGCUUCAGAAGUCGUUAGUGAGGAGUAUCACUCUCUUAGUCUUUCUGUUGUGAGUACAUCGAGAGGUAUAGGACUAAUCAUAGGUCCUGCUAUUGGAGGCUAUCUUGCUCAGCCUGUAGAAAAGUAUCCGAAUAUAUUUUCGCAGAGCUCGGUUUUCGGGAGGUAG